CGCGUCCCUGUUUGCCAUGACUUCGACGACGUUUACGUACAUGUAAGAUCUUCGACACGCCGUGUCGCUGUCAUUGACCAGUGAGCACUCGGUCGUGCGACGCCUAUCGUCAUUUCCAAGAGCACACGUGCAGGAAAUAAGCCCCGCAGAGCCAUGAUUCUGCGAGAUUUUGCUUGGCAUCAUACUAAGCUGUCGUUCUAACCUGAAGACCUGCGUUUAGAGGAUGCGACCAUGACUUUAGUAUCAGUGGGGUGGAUACGGUGGAAGCACCGAAUCAUGCAGGUUGCGGUACCCAGCUGCCGAUGUAUAAGAUCGUGUACCGAGCCUCAAAAUACCUGUACUACAAUCACAGUCGGCUCCUCACUUUCAAGCCAGCAGCAGCAGAGAUGGGGUUGCUUCGGGCUCUAAGCAUCGCGUCUUUCCUCGCCUCCAACGUUAGAGCUGCCGUUUCAUCGACAGGUUUCACGGUGUCACUCACGGACGUGGAUUACUUCCUGCCCCCAAAGCCUGUUGCCAGCCUUGUUGGCUGUGAGGAGAUCAAGUCCUUGUUUCAUGAUGGGCUCUUUGUGCCUUUCACGGUUGUCAAGGCCGACGGCACCCUAGAUAUAGCGUCGAUUACGACUAGCUACGCUAAGGAUGAUGUCUGGCAGGAGGGUUUCCUGGAAGCCAUCUACGUGCUAGGAAGCAACAAGCCGGCCAAUGUCUCUACAAUCGUGCUAUCAGGCACCGCAUCCAGCGAGCUAGCGCCAGGACCUUACUUUAUCAACGCCGCUGGCCAAGUUUAUGAAGCUUGGAGGCUCUUCUCGGACGUGCAGGGAGCAUUCACCGAAUCAGCCAUUGCUAAUGGCGACGGCUCCUACUCCGUCUUACCGGCAGGCACUGUUGGCCAGAAGCAAGCAAUCGCUGUGCCAUCCCGGUUGUACUUCGAGAAAACCGCUGAAAAGCCCUUGGCGGGAGUUCGCAUUGGCAUCAAGGACAUCUAUGACAUCAAAGGCCUACGCACGUCGAAUGGAAACCGGGCAUGGUACUGGUUGUAUGCUCCAGCUAAUAACACUGCUCCACCGGUUCAGAACCUGAUCGAUGCUGGAGCCAUUAUUGUUGGAAAGAUGAUUACCUCCCAGUUUGCCAACGGCGAAACGGCUACGGCUGACUGGGUCGACUAUCACGAGGCGUUCAAUCCUCGCGGUGAUGGCUAUCAAGAUACUUCGUCUAGCUCGUCCGGCGGAGGGGCGGGUGCUGCUUCGUACGCAUGGCUGGACAUUACCCUAGGAUCGGAUACUGGAGGCAGUGUGCGUGGCCCAUCACAGGUUCAAGGUCUUUACGGAAAUAGGCCAUCGCAUGGGUUGGUCUCACUUAACCAUACAAUGCCGCUCAGCCCUGUCCUCGACACUCCUGGCUUGCUGGCUCGCAAUCCGACUCUCUGGAUGAGCGCUGCGCAAGCCAUGUACGGUCCUAACAUUACCAUCACUGAUACCUACCCUACGAAAAUCAAGACGCUGGCCUGGCCCACCUCGCCCAGUAAAGUCGCCAACAAACUCUUGAUCGACUUUCUCGGCAAUGUCACUGACUUCCUCCAUGCCAACGUUAGCGCAUUCAACGUCACGGCCUCCUUUAGCCAAGACAACCCCAACCUCGCGGAUUUGACCACUAUCAUGAACCUCACCUAUGCCCUCCUUAUCACCAAGCAGCAAACCGAACUAGUCCGCAAACCCUUCUACGCCGACUACGCCGCUAAGCACGAUGGCCGUCUCCCCUUUGUCAAUCCCGUGCCAUUGGCACGCUGGGGCUGGGGCGACAACCAGACCCUGACCGUCGAUGAAGGCAUUGCCAACAAGACUGUAUUCAUGAACUGGGCCAACAAAACAUUCCUUGCUCCAUCCGCCAAGACGUGCUCUGACAGCUUAGUCAUGUAUGUUGGGUCCACGGCCAGCACAACCUAUCGCAACGCCUACUUGAAGGAACCCGGUGUGCCGUUUGGGUGGAGUAACAGCCGUAUUUCCAUCAUGUCUGAGGCACCGGACUUUGUCGUUCCACUGGGAGAGGCGCCGUAUAACUCUACCAUCACUGGACAUGUAGAGUAUCUACCUGUCACAGCCAACUUGAUGGCUGCGAAAGGCUGUGACGGCAUGCUCUUCUCGUUGAUCAAGGGUUUGUAUGAGGCGGGCAUCUUGAAGGAGAGUUUGGCGGGGAAGAGUGGCGUCACGGGUGGGGAGAUUUUGCUCAGGCGAGGCCUUUACGAGUACUAAUGAACUGCGAA